UUUGAACCCAAUAAUAAUUUGACUCUACCUGGCCGAUAUCAUGCACAAGGAUGGGCUAAAUUUUGUAAUAAUUCAAAACAACAUGUUGGUCAUUGGAAUCAUAAAAAUUUUAAGCAAUGCAAGAAUUCAUGCUAUCAAUCAUGUUUAUGUGACUAUAAAAAUCAAUCACAUAGAUGUGCAAAUUGCACUUCAAAUUGUAAUCGUCCAUCUGCAAGAAUGUCAGAGUUUCCUAAAAUAUACCAUUUUAUCUAUAAUAAAACAAAAAUUGAUGAAUAUAAUGCCCAAGUUGCAAAUGAUCUUAUGGAAGAUUUAAUCGAAAAUAAUUUAUCUGGAAAUAAAGCAAUUGUUAAACAUGCUCAAAACUUUUCACAAGGUUGUGCAGGCAAAUCAAAUCUGGUUCAGAAGCUAUUUUGGUCAGAGUUGUAUCCUAAAUUUAAAAACAAAAAAAUGGUUUUUCUUGAAACUGUUGAAAUUAAAGAGAAGUCAUUUGUUCCCUUCUUAGCUAAAUAUAUUUUUAUGACUUCUCGUAAAUCUGCAAAAGAAGCUUUUAAUUUUGGUCAAAGAAAUAUAAAUGAUGAAAUAUCUACACAAUAUAAAUGGAAUGAUAAUAUUGAAAAAUGUACAACACAACUCAUUUUUCAUAAAGGUUUAGAAUCUGAUUUUUAUGGUAUACUUUGGGAUCUCAAAUAUGACAAAUGCGAGUAUACUACUGAAGAACUUAAAAAAAUUGUUCAAGAACUAAACAAAGAUAAACCAGGAGAAGUUAUAGUCAAAAAUAAUCAAGUUUAUUGGUAUUAA